AUGAUCUACAGAGCUUUGACCUACGGUCUAUCGCCGUUGAUAUACCUCCACCUACGGUGGCGCAAACUCCGAGGCCUCGAACACCCUCUCAGAUGGCGAGAACGACUCGGCCGUCCCUCUCUGCCUCGCCCUCCUGGCCCACUCCUUUGGAUCCACGCCGUCUCUCUAGGUGAAGGAAUGGCUGCAAUACCUGUGAUCAAACAGUGUGUUCAGAGGAGGCCCGACGUAACUGUCUUGAUGACAACGACGACGACUUCAGCAUUUGAAGUAAUAAAGCAUUGGCUUCCAACUCAUGUAAUAUAUCAGUUUGCUCCACUUGAUACACCUGCUUCUAUGGAUGCUUUCCUUGGGUACUGGAAGCCAAAUGCAAUCAUGCUUCUGGAAAGUGAACUAUGGCCAAAUCUUAUAAUUGGUGCCUCGAGAAAUGGGAUUGAACUGGCUUUGUUAAAUGCUCGGAUGUCCGUGAAAUCCUUUAAGCAUUGGUCUGGACCAGUAGUUCUUCCCUUGACUUCAUUGAUGCUGUCAAAAUUUUCGUUAAUUGUCCCAUUGAGCACAAUACAGGCCAUCCGUUUUCAGCUGUUGCAAGCCCCACCAUUUAUCAUUAACUUUUCUGGAGACUUAAAAUACGCCAUAGGAGAAUUUGACAUUUCUAAAAGAGAUGCUAGUAUGGAAGAUAUGCAAGCACAGUUUGCUCAUCGACAGGUUUGGAUGGCUUCUUCCAUACAUAAGGGUGAAGAAGAAGUAAUUCUAGGAGUUCACAAAGUGCUGAAGCAAAUGCAUCCUGAUGUAGUGACUAUUAUUGUCCCUCGACAUCCCCAACUUGGACAGGACAUUGCUAUGCAACUACAGCAAGAAGGGGUGAAUGUAGCAUUGAGGUCUCAUCAAGAUAAGCUCAUGCCUGGAACAAGCAUAUAUGUGGUGGACACAUUAGGUUUGAGUCUGACAGUAGUUGCCCCUUUCUAUAUUUCAGUAUACAGUGUCAAUCUAGACUAUUUUCUUAUGAGUGUAAAAAUUACAUGGAAGCUUGAUUGUUUGCAAUUUCAGGAUUUUGUCCAUGGAGGUGUAAAAUGUUCAACUUGCUUUGUAGGUGAAUUAAGACAAUUUUAUAGACUAACUCCAAUAGCUGUAAUUGGAGGUUCUUUUUUGCCUGGUUUAGCUGGGCAUAAUAUUUCAGAAGCUGCUGCAGCUGGAUGUGCUGUUUUGACUGGUAAUUAUGUUGGCCACUUCUCACACAUGGCAAUGGAAAUGCAACGGUUGAAUCCUUUGUCAGUUCUACAGAUUUCUGAUGAAAGAGAGCUUGCCAAAGUUCUCAGUGAGCUCUUCAGUGAUGUCAAACUUUUGGAAGCCCGACGUGUGGCUGCAAAACAAGCUUUUCAUGUCCUGUCAAAUGGAAUUAUUGAAAAUAUCUGGAAUCUGCUAAAUUUCCAUAUUUUCAGGAGAGCUAUGGCAGAAAUAUAAGAUUGGUUUGUAGCAAAUAAGAUGUGGAGGGCUUUCCUUUGUUCCAUCAUGAGUGCUGAAACCUUUCUCCUUGCUCCCUUUCCCUCUAUAUAUCUUACAGGUAUUUUUGCAUUUGCACUACUUGGUAGGAAUGUGGUACAUGUUGUAAGCAAGAUGGAGAUGGGUUUGUUUCGAGUUCAAAGUGAGAAUACGGAUUCACCAUAGUGAGCAUAAUACAAUGAUGAUUUAAACCCUUAGAUUACACUCAAUGUAAUAUCCAGUGUAAUGAGUUACACCAAGAAAAGAAUGCUGAAAAUAUGUAGAAGCCUAUUCCCAAUGUUUUGUUCAUUGUGAUUUGCUGGUAAACUAUUAAACCCUCAUGCCGAGUGAACUCCUUUCUGAGUAAUGUGUACUUGUUUACUUAAAAAGAGCGGUCCAGGGCACGAGACACCCAUCAUUAGAGGGCCUUGAUAGGGUCAGUUUGAGUUUUCUUUUCUUAAUUAGUAAAGCAUAUGGGGUGCUAAUUUAUAUUUUGCAUUCUGAUUUCAGGGUCAUAAAGUCAAUAUUUGAAUAAUUGUGCAGCAGCUACCUUGUUGGGAAUUAAUGUUUUCUCCUUUGCUCAGUA